AUGUCGACCGAAAAGAAUUAUUUUGGAAGUUCUCCAGAGUACAUAUCAAAGCACCGUACUCAAUACCCUUCCUCGCGCACCAUUUUCGUGUCAGGAGCGACGGCAGGGAUCGGGCUCGCCAUCGCCAACCACCUCCUGGCUUCAAGCGAGCAGCAUCUCCUCAUCCUGGCAGGUCGCAAGGUCGAUGUGCUGAACAAGUUCCAGUCUACCAACCCGGAUCGAGUCAUCACGAGGGCUGGAGAAAUGGCUGACCUUGAAUUUGUGCAAGGGAUGUUGCAAGGUUUGCAGUGUGACGAGCGACUGGAUGCGCUCGUGCUGAACCAUGGUACCUUGGGGAAAUGUUUGAGGAUAGGGCAGAUGGACAGUGAUGAGUGGGAGCACACUUUUAGAAUCAACGUAACCAGUUGCGUUGUCUUGAUCAAACAAACACUUCCACUCCUCCGCAGCACCAAGGGCCGCAUCAUCUUCACUUCCUCGGGCGCUGCCACGAACGCAUAUCCCUCUUGGGGGGUUUACGGCGCCACUAAAGCUGCCGUCAAUCACUUGACUAUGACUUUGAAGAAUGAGGAGCCUGAUGUAACCACGGUCUCAAUCCGUCCCGGUGUCGUUGACACAGCCAUGCAGGUAGAUAUCAGAGAGAAGUACCUCCACAACAUGGACGAUAAGGACCAACAGAAAUUUCUGAGCGCCAAGAAGGACGGGAAACUCCUGCCGCCGGAGAAGCCUGGAAGCGUGAUUGCAGGACUGGCCGUGAGGGCACCAAAAGAGUUAUCGGGAUUGUUUCUGAGGUAA